AUGACUUACUUUCUCUGGCACAGGGACAAGGCCAUCACCGAACAGGAAAACAAUGAACUGAGACAGCAGUUGCAAGGAAUGUGGGAAUACAUUCAGGCGCUUGAACCACAAUAUCAAACUCCGAGACAGCAAGCUGGCUCUGGGGAUCAUACGACAGGAAUUAAGCUCGAUGACCAUCAAGAUUCGGAAUCCUAG